UACUUUCAUUCGUCAUUCAUUCAUUCAUUCAUACCUUUUUCAAAUCUGAGCAGUGUUUUACUGUGGGUAUCCAAAGAUGGUUUCGAAGUCACUCGAAGCGUAGUGUUCUCCGACGACGAAGGAACGUAUUCAAUCGUUUAGCUACUAGACAAGAAAAAUAAAAAAGAGAGGGGUCGAUUGUAUCUAUCUGGGCUCUGCUAAUUCAACAAACCCAUUAGUUGAUUCGAUCGUGAUUUAGGUUUUUUGUCAUGGGUUCGGAGCAGAUUGACGGAGAUCUACAUAUUUCACCGUCGCUGGCACCGACCGAGUUUCAAGGGAAACAAGGCUCUCUUUUUCAUUCUGUAGUGGCACUUUCUCUAUGGCUUGGUCCAUUUCAUUUCCUAGCCGGUUCAUUUUGGGCUUCUUUCUUCUUCCUUUCACGUUCUAUGUUCUUCACGGUGAUGGGAAUUUUUAUUAUAUUGACAGUGAUUCCUGUAGAUGAGAUGAACAAGUGGGGGAGAAAAGUAGCUAGGUAUAUAUGUAAACAUGCAGUUGGGUAUUUUCCGAUUACUCUUCAUGUGGAGGAUAUGAAUGCCUUCGAUUCAAAUCAAGCUUAUGUUUUUGGGUACGAGCCACAUUCAAUUUUGCCCAUCGGAGUUGUUCCACUGUCUGAUCUCUCAGGUUUUAUGCAACUUCCGAAAAUCAAAGUUCUUGCAAGUAGUGCUGUGUUUCGUACGCCUAUCUUAAGACAAUUAUGGUCGUGGUUGGGGCUUUCACCAGCUAGCCGGAAAAACUUUGUCUCCCUCUUGACAUCCGGUUACAGCUGCAUAAUAGUUCCAGGUGGUGUUCAAGAGAUUAUCCAUAUGGAACGUGGUUCAGAGAUUGCAUUUAUCAAAUCAAGACGAGGAUUUGUUCGUAUAGCUAUGGAGGUUGGAAGUCCCUUAGUUCCGGUUUACUGCUUUGGCCAGUCGCACGUAUACAAUUGGUGGAAACCAGGAGGAAAAUUGUAUGUACAACUUGCAAGAGCUCUUAAAUUCACCCCAAUAAUAUUCUGGGGAGUACUUGGGUCUCCUUUGCCUUUUCGACACCCAAUGCAUGUGGUUGUGGGAAGACCGAUUGAAGUAAGGAAGAAUCCAAAACCUUCUAUAGAAGAGGUGAAUGAAGUACAUAAUAAAUACAUUGAAGAACUUACAAGUCUGUUUGAAAGGCAUAAAGCUCGGGUUGGCUAUGGAGAUAUUCAGUUGACAAUCCUCUGACUACUAUUUCCCAAAAAGGACUAUUAGUUUUUUUCUUCUUCUGUAAAAUCUUAAUUUUAGGAAAUGUUUUUUCUGUUGAUAAAAUAUUUAACAAUAAAUGGGUGGAUAUUUGAUUUUUAAACCAAUAUGUUUUGAAAGAUACUCUUCA